AAAUAUCCGCCCUAGGGGGUAUGUUCUGUGCAUUGAUGUUUGAAAACGUUCAUUAAACGCCCCGUUUAUUUCAAAUACCCCUGGUUUGGUAACGUGAAAAGAAAAGUCGCCAGUUGCAUUUCAUGAAAGCUAAAAAUAUUUGGAAAUAAGCUGGAAUGAAAGCAUCAAAUCGCAAAAAAGCUCAACUCAUUGGAGAAACUGAAGAAAAUGACAUUUGUUUCAAACCCUAACCUAUUUUAGUGUAAUUGCCGCAAUUAAAAAUGUACAGUCGCUCAGUAGGAAUAAAAAACUUAAUAUCCAGUGCGAUUGUUCGCAGACGGUUGUCUUUAACGGCGCGUAACUUCCAAGAAGAAUCCGCAGUUGUGGAAACUCGCGAAGUUACCAAAGACCGUUCACAGCAAGUGCCCCUUGAGACGAGCCUUCGCUAUCUAAAAAGUGCCGCAUAUAAGCAGACCUAUGGUAAUCAGCCCGUUUGGGUGCCUUACAGAAGGAAUCACAAAGGAGCCAUUCCGCCUAGACAUACAAGAAAAACCUGCAUUCGUAAUGAGGAGAUAUCUACUGGAAACCCUUGCCCCAUUUGCCGGGAUGAGUAUCUAGUUCUUCACCAAGAAAACACUGAAUUAUUGAAGCAGUUUAUAUCGCCCCAGACUGGCGCUGUGCUGGGCUACAGCCAAACUGGGCUUUGCAGAAGGAGACAACUGGAGUUGGAAGUUUGCAUUAAGAGAGCUUAUGACUAUGGACUACUAACGUUUGAUGUGCCAUUUAGGAAAUACGACUACUCCAAAUAUUACCCAAAAAAUAAAUAAUGGAAGCAGUGUUUGUGGUAGUCGGCGGAGGGAUUGCGGGGGUUUCAUGUGCUGAAACUCUGGCCUUCCUCCAGCAAGAAAAGUCUAUUAUUUUGCUAAGUGAAUCAUCGUUGAUUAAAACAGUUACCAAUCUGCAUGCCAUCACUAAAACCUUAAUGGGAUUCGAUGUCAAAGAAGCCCCUAGCAGUACUCUGCAGGCAAAGUUUCAAAAUAUUACUGUAGUCAAUGGCACCCUCGCAGAAAUCCAGCACAAAAACUCCUGCAUUAUUACACAAUCGGGCAUCAUCAUCAAAUACCAAUAUCUCUGCCUUUGUAUAGGGGCGCAGCCCAAGCUGAUCCCCCAAUCCGCUGAAUAUCCUGAGCAUAUAGUAGGAAUUAGAGACACUGACUCAGUGGAGCUGUUUCUAGAAACGCUCGAAAAGUGCAAAAAGCUUGUGGUGGUUGGAAAUGGGGGCAUAGCCUCUGAACUGGUUUUCAAGAUUAAAAACACCGAAAUCCACUGGGUGGUUAAAGACAAUCACAUAUCAGCAACGUUUGUAGAUCCAGGGGCUGCUGAAUUCUUCCAAACCGCGUUGCUCAAACGGCCUGCCACUCAAGAGACUGUAACGAAGAGAAUGCGCUACCAAGAAGAUAAACUGCAUAAAUCUGGAGCAGCUUUGGGCCCAGAUUGGUAUCAAAACCUGCUAAUUUCUGGAGCAAACUCCCCAGGCUUGCAUAAGCAGGUCAGUAUACAUUACCAGAACGAAAUAUCCUCUGUAUCAGCCUUGGAAGGUUCGGAACAUCAACUGGAAGUUGGAUUAACAAACGGAGAGAAAAUCAGUUGCGACUUGAUCAUUUCCGCAACCGGUGUAAGCCCUAGAAAAAACUUCAAGAUAGAUGUCCAACUAGAGCUGGCAGAUGAGGGAAUUAAAGUGGAUCAAUACAUGAAGACAAAUCUGGAGAAUAUCUAUGCAGCUGGCGAUAUUUGCAGCGCAGAUUGGCCCAUAGCGAAGCACUGGAUUCAAAUGAAGCUGUGGACUCAGGCCAGACAAAUGGGUUGCUACGCCGCCAAAUGCAUGUCGGGGCAUUUGAACAAAGAGGAAAUCCUGCAAGAUUUCUGCUUUGAAAUUUUCACCCACUCAACCAAGCUGUUUGGCUACAAGGUGAUUUUGCUGGGACUGUUCAACGGGCAGAAGCUGGAUAAAAAGUACGAAAUCCUCCUCAGAACCACCAAGGAUCUGGAGUACAUCAAGCUGAUUUUGGAAAAUCAUCGGCUGCAAGGAGCAGUUUUAAUUGGGGACACCGACUUGGAAGAGAUGUGCGAAAACUUGAUUCUAAAUCAAAUCGAUUUAGAACCUUACGGGGACGAUAUUUUGAACCCGGAUAUUGACAUAGAGGACUAUUUUGAUUAACAGUGGAAUAAAGGCAGGGAUUGGGAAA